UGUGGCAAUGCAGAUAUAAAGACAACAAGUCCUUUGUCAAUAGGACAAACUCUGAGCUCUCCCGAUGGAGUUUAUGAGUUAGGCUUCUUCAGUCCUAAUAAUUCUAGGAAUCAGUAUGUUGGGAUCUGGUUCAAGAACAUCACUCCUCAGGUGGUUGUCUGGGUGGCUAACAGAGAUAAGCCUGUCACAAAAUCUGCGGGGAAUCUAACUAUCAGCAGCAACGGGAGUCUGAUCUUGCUUGAUGGUAAACAAGAUGUAAUUUGGUCAACAGGAGAGGCUUUCACAUCCAACAAGUGUCAUGCUGAGCUUUUAGACACUGGAAAUCUUGUGGUAAUUGAUGAUGUUUCCGGGAAAACUUUAUGGAGAAGCUUCGAGAAUCUUGGUAAUACUAUGCUGCCUCAGUCUUCGGUGUCUUAUGAUAUUCCUCGUGGAAAGAAUCGUGUGUUGACCUCAUGGAGAAGUAACAGUGAUCCAUCGCCUGGGGAAUUCUCACUGGAGUUUACGCCACAAGUUCCCCCACAAGGCCUUAUAAGGAGAGGCUCAUCGUACCACUGGAGAAGUGGUCCAUGGGCAAAGACAAGAUUCUCUGGGAUACCUGGAAUUGAUGCAUCAUAUGUAAGUCCAUUCACUGUUUCCCAAGAUGUUGCAAAGGGCACAGCAUCUUUUUCUUAUUCCAUGUUACGAAACUAUAAAUUAUCGUAUGUAACGCUAACAUCAGAGGGAAAAAUGAAGAUCCUUUGGAAUGAUGGGAAACAUUGGAUGCUUCACUUUGAGGCUCCAACAAGCUCAUGUGAUCUGUAUGGAGCUUGCGGGCCUUUUGGUUUGUGUGUGAGAUCUAGAGACCCAAAGUGCAUAUGCUUGAAAGGGUUUGUACCAAAGUCAGAUGAGGAGUGGAGAAAAGGGAAUUGGACAAGUGGGUGUGUGAGACGUACGCACUUAACUUGCCAUACGAAUUCUUCUUCAAAAACACAAGGCAAAGAGACAGAUGGCUUCUACCAUAUGUCCCAUGUAAAGACUCCAGAUCUGUACCAACUUGCAGGCUUUCUCAGUGCAGAACAGUGCUACCAAGAUUGUCUAGGCAAUUGUUCCUGUACAGCCUUUGCUUAUAUUAGUGGAAUUGGAUGCUUGGUAUGGAACCGAGAGCUGGUAGACACAGUUCAAUUUUUGUCUGAUGGAGAAUCUCUCUCCCUUCGUCUUGCAAGUUCGGAAUUGGCUGGAAGCAGUCGAAGAAAGAUUAUUGUAGGUACUACUGCGAGCCUUUCCAUUUUCGUGAUCUUGGUCUUUGCCGCAUAUAAGUUCUGGAGAUACAGAACAAAAAAAAAUGAACCAAAUCCAAUGUUUAUCAACACUUCACAAGAUGCUUGGAAGAAGGAUAUGGAACCACAAGAUGUCACAGGUGUAAAUUUCUUUCCGAUGCAUACCAUACGUACUGCCACCAAUGACUUCAAUUCCUCAAAUAAACUUGGUCAAGGUGGAUUUGGUCCAGUAUAUAAGGGAAAUUUAGAAGACGGAAAGGAAAUAGCCGUUAAACGCCUUUCUAGCAGUUCUGGACAGGGUGCAGACGAGUUCAUGAAUGAAAUAAGGCUAAUCUCUAAACUGCAACAUAAAAACUUGGUUCGGCUUUUGGGAUGCAGCAUCAAAGGAGAAGAGAAACUAUUGAUUUAUGAGUUUUUGGUGAACAAAAGCCUCGACGUUUUCCUCUUUGAUUCAACUCUAAAGCUUGUGAUUGAUUGGCCAAAGAGGUUCAACAUCAUUCAAGGUAUUGCACGUGGACUUCUCUAUCUCCACCGUGACUCACGCCUCAGAGUAAUUCACCGAGACCUGAAGGUCAGCAACAUUCUUCUGGACGAGAAAAUGAUCCCAAAAAUAUCAGAUUUCGGAUUGGCUCGGAUGUUUCAGGGAACCCAAUGUCAGGAAAACACUCGCAGGGUUGUAGGAACUCUAGGAUACAUGGCUCCUGAGUAUGCAUGGACUGGGGUGUUCUCUGAGAAAUCAGACAUCUAUAGUUUCGGAGUUCUACUAUUAGAGAUCAUCACUGGGGAGAAGAUCUCAAGAUUCAACGAAGAGGGAAGAACUCUUCUUGAAUAUGCAUGGGAAUCUUGGUGUGAGACCAAAGGAGUUGAUCUUCUUGACCAAGCUCUUGCUGAUACUUCUCAUCCAGCCGAAGUUAGGAGAUGUGUCCAGAUUGGUUUGCUCUGUAUCCAACACCAACCUUCAGACAGACCAAACACACUUGAGUUGCUGACUAUGCUCACCACAACAUCAGAUCUUCCAUUACCAAAACAACCCAUGUUUACAGUGCACACUCGAGAUGACGAAUCUACAUCAAACGAUUUGAUCACUGUCAACGAGUUGACACAAUCUGUGAUUCAAGGGCGUUAAAGAAACUACGAGUGGAUUCUAAAGUGUGGUUUGUUUCUCCUGUAAAAUAAAGUAACCAACUUUUUUAUAUUUGUUUCCUUCGUUUCUUCAAA